GCGCGGGGUGCGCGCUUGUCCGUCCGAGCUGCUCAGCUAGUUAGUAAGAGAACGCUGAGCGGACAUGGCGGAGGGUGAGGGAGCUCCGCCAUCGUUACCGCUACCUCCGGCCAAACGCCUCUGUUCACGGGCUAAUCCGCCUUCCCAUGCUGCUCAGCAGCACCGGGGCACAGCAGGAGUAGGGCGACCCCAACAGUACCCUCAGUAUCAGCCGGAGUCCCUGCUGGACUGUGCAGCCAAGGCUGUGGCGGAGAAAUGGGCCUUCGAACGGGUGGAGGAGCGCUUCGAGCGCAUCCCAGAGCCGGUGCAGCGUCGCAUAGUUUAUUGGUCAUUCCCCAGAAACGAACGGGAAAUCUGUAUGUACUCGUCCUUCCAGUAUCGGGCCGAAGAGCAGGGCCCUGUUGCCUCUGGGAACCCUUCUGGGGGAACCCUGGGGGGCUCGGGGGUGAGCGGACAAAGCUCAGCUAUAAAUGGACUUGUAAACGGUGGGACUGGAGCCCCCGGGGGUGGAGGAGAAGGACUGCCCUUUCGCCGCGGUAUCCGGCUCCUGGAGAGCGGCUGUGUGGAGAAUGUGCUGCAAGUUGGUUUUCAUUUAAGUGGCACGGUGACAGAGCCAGCAACCCAGUCUGAUCCUGAAACCAUCUACAAGGUGGCCAUUAGUUUUGAUCGCUGUAAGAUCACCUCAGUCACUUGUGGAUGUGGGAACAGAGACAUUUUCUACUGUGCCCAUGUAGUAGCACUCUCUCUGUAUCGCAUCCGCAAACCGGAUCAGGUCAAAUUGCGUCUUCCCAUCUCAGAAACCCUCUUCCAGAUGAACCGUGACCAACUGCAAAAGUUUGUGCAGUAUCUCAUCACAGCCCAUCACACAGAAGUUCUUCCAACGGCGCAAAAGUUAGCAGAUGAAAUCCUAUCCUCGAACUCUGAAAUCAAUCAAGUGCAUGGUGCCCCUGAUCCAACAGCUGGUGCAAGCAUUAAUGAUGAAAACUGUUGGCAUUUGGAUGAGGAGCAAGUCAGAGAGCAGGUGAAGCUCUUCCUCUCUCAGGGAGGCUACUACAGUUCUGGGAAGCAGCUUAAUUCCAUGUUUGCCAAGGUUAGAGAAAUGCUCCGCAUGAGGGAUUCCAAUGGUGCUCGAAUGCUGACACUGAUCACCGAGCAGUUCAUGGCUGACCCUCGGUUAGCCCUCUGGAGACAGCAGGGUACAGGCAUGACUGAUAAGUGCAGGCAGCUUUGGGAUGAACUAGGGGCCCUUUGGGUUUGCAUUGUUCUGAAUCCUCACUGCAAACCAGAGGAAAAAGCCUGCUGGCUUCGGCAACUGCGAAAAUGGCAUGACAUGGAUGUCUGCCCCUUAGAGGAUGGAAACUAUAGCAAUGACCUCCCUAACAUUACUAAUGCUUUACCACAAAAUAAUGGUCACGAUUCUUUAGUAAGACCCAGAAGAACAGUAUUUACCCGGGCUAUUGAAGGUUGUGACUUACACUGGCAAGACAGCCACUUGCAGAGAAUUAUUAGUAGUGACUUCUAUUUGUCACCUUCCUUCCAAAGAGAUGGAGAGAGUCUACUCUUCAAUGCUCAGGGCCAACCCCUCUGGUUAGAACAUGUUCCUACAGCAUGUGCCCGAGUGGAUGCCCUGAGAUCCCAUGGUUACCCCAAAGAGGCUUUACGCUUAGCAGUUGCCAUAAUAAACACCCUGAGAUUGCAACAACAGCGACAACUGGAAAUUUACAAGCAGCAGAAAAAAGAACUGAUACAGAGAAAUUCAACCACAAUAACCAAUUUGGAGGGAUGGGUUGGACACCCGCUUGAUCCUAUUGGCUGCUUAUUUACUACUCUCACCGAAGCAUGCUUGUCUGAUGAAGACAAUGCAAUGGAAGUUUUAGAUAGCAGUGAGUCCCGGCGGCCUGUCUAUCAGCAUAUAUGUGUACAGAAUGGCUCAGUUGAAAGUGGGGAAUCAUAUUUAUCCUUGGCACUGGAAGUAGCCCUCAUGGGCAUGGGCCAGCAAAGACUGAUGCCUGAAGGUCUGUAUGCUCAGGAUAAAGUGUGUCGCAAUGAGGAGCAAAUCACUGGCCGACUUCAGGAACUGGAACUUGAUGCCAUACUGGUACAGACACUCCGCAAGCAAUGUAUCCUGCUGCUGGAAGGAGGCCCAUUCAGUGGUCUUGGGGAAGUCAUACAUCGAGAGAGCGUGCCUAUGCAUACCUUUGCCAAAUAUUUAUUCACAGCACUGUUGCCACAUGAUUCAGAUCUGGCCUAUAAAUUGUCGCUCAGAGCAAUGAGACUUCCAGUGUUAGAAAGCAGUGCCCCUUCCGUGGAUGUAUCCCAUCCUCAUCAUAUUGUGUCAGUAGUGCCAAGCCGUUAUCCUCGCUGGUUCACACUUGGGCAUUUAGAAUCACAGCAGUGUGAGCUAGCUUCUACCAUGCUUACUGCUGCAAAAGGUGAUAUGCUGCGCCUGCGCACCGUGCUUGAGGCCAUACAAAGAAACAUACACUCUUCCUCACUUAUCUUUAAGCUGGCUCAGGAUGCAUUUAAGAUUGCUACCCCAGCUGACACCAGCUCUGACACCACACUUCUAAAUGUAGCAUUGGAGCUGGGACUGCAGGUCAUGAGAAUGACUCUCAGUACCCUAAACUGGAGGCGGAGAGAGAUGGUGAGAUGGCUUGUGACCUGUGCCACGGAAGUCGGUGUACGUGCCCUUGUCAGCAUCCUGCAAAGCUGGUACACACUGUUCACCCCAACAGAAGCAACAAGUAUUGUUGCAGCAGCAGCCACCUCUCACAGCACAGUACUGCGACUCAGUCUAGACUAUUCGCAGCGUGAGGAGCUGGCAAGCUGUGCACGAACUUUGGCCCUGCAAUGUGCAAUGAAAGACCCACAGAAUUGUGCUCUCUCUGCUUUAACUCUAUGUGAGAAAGAUCACACUGCCUUUGAGACAGCCUAUCAGAUUGCGGUGGAUGCAGCUUCAGGAGGCAUGACUUACUCUCAACUCUUUACAAUUGCCCGUUAUAUGGAGCAUCGUGGCUACCCAUUGCGUGCUUUCAAACUGUGCUCCUUGGCCAUGAGUCAUCUCAACCUGGCAUACAACCAGGACACACACCCAGCUAUAAAUGAUGUCUUGUGGGCAUGUUCCCUCAGCCACUCUCUUGGCAAAAAUGAGCUGGCAGCACUGGUACCUUUAGUGGUUAAAAGUGUACAUUGUGCCACGGUGCUUUCGGAUAUUCUUCGCCGGUGUACAUUGACUGCUCCAGGGCUGGCUGGAAUUCCUGGCCGCCGGAACUCUGGCAAGUUAAUGUCAACAGACAAGCCACCUCUGCGGCAGUUGCUGGAUGCAGCAGUUGGCGCAUACAUUAACACCACCCAUUCACGCCUUACACACAUCAGUCCUCGACAUUAUGGGGAGUUUAUAGAGUUCCUUAGCAAGGCGCGUGAGACCUUCCUACUCGGGCAAGAUGGCUUGCUACAGUUUGCCCAGUUCAUAGACAAUCUGAAGCAAAUCUAUAAAGGAAAAAAGAAACUUAUGAUGUUGGUGAGAGAGCGCUUUGGUUGACUCUCCAGUCUAUUCCUAUUGUUUGUAUGUUUCCAGACAACAUCUGUGAACUUCCCUCUUUCUGAUCUCCUGGAUUACUUGCUCUUGAUAUUUAAUAGUCUGAGCCAUGACUGUCAGAAGAGGCCUCCCAUACUGCAUGAGACUUCUCAAACAUUUUGUCAUUUUCAGUUCUUGCAUAAUCUCUGUUCUGUUCCAUUUCAUUCUGGUGAAACUGUAUUAUUUUCUGAGGGACCUAUGAAGGGGUCUUUAAAGUUAGAUCUCUUACCCUAAAUUUUAGGGUAAAUGUGUCAUUAGUUGUUGCCGGGUUGGUUGUUUACAUCUUAUAAUAGGACCAACCUUGACAGAAGUGUCUCUGUUUGGGCUUGAUAUGCGUAGGUGGGCAGAGGUGCAUCACAGAGCUUGGAGUAGCUUUCACAACCAUCCUGAAUGACUAUUACCUUAUGUAAUAUUGCCAGCCUAAAGUAGUCGAAGGAUAUUGCUGGUAGUUUGUCAAACUUCUUUGGCAAAAUGUUAUUUACUGGCAAAAGGAUGUAGAGAGAGCUUGAUGUGAUGCAUGCAGAGUAUUAAGGUCCAGCAUUAAUUUAUAUAUUUAGCACUAAAAUAUACAUUCACUCCAAAGUUAUAUAGGAGUUCCCACAAAAUAUUGUGGGACAUACAUGGCUAUCAACUGUGUGGAUUACAGAUGUGAAACCUGUGGCUUUCCCAACUAUUGACCUUCAAAUCCCACAAAUAUAGGUUAGCAAGAACAUUAGUUACCUUAUUUAGUGAACAGAUCAAGAAUAUACUUUAUUCAGCUUUAUUAUUUUGCAGUUACACCCAUGUAAUUCAAAUGAAUCUAGUAAACCAUAUUGUUGGUUGCUCUGAAAAUAAUGAACUCUGGAAACCCAUGUUAAAGAAUCCUGCCUAGAUAACUACCAGUCAGGGUUUUGUUUUUUUUAUAAGAAAAGUAGAAUUGCCAUUCAUCUUAUUUCUCAUCCAAGUGUGUGCUAUUCAGUCCUUUUCUUGUGGGAAACCCUCCCAGAGUUCAUAACUUCUAUAUUAUAAAUGUCUUUUCUUAGUUUUGAGAGAGAGGCAGAAUGAAUGCUGCAGAAAGAAGUCUAGACUUUUUCCUAUCAAGAGUGAGAUUAUAGAAAUGUCACUUUGCUGCUACUUUGCAAAAACAUGUAUUUAACUGUCACAUUCCUUAUUGGACAAAAUCAUGUGAAAUCCAGUAGUCUCAGUGGGCUUAUUUGCUGCUUUCAGAUCUGUCAUUUACUACAUGUCAACCACAACACUAGGCAAAAGAUUAUUCCCAAGCAAUGAGUUAACUUUCCAGUACUAGAAGACAAGAAUAGUUAAGAAUAGGAAAAUUCAUUUACAUUUUUUUAGAGUGUGUUCAAACGUAGAUUUGAGUUGUUUGUAAUCAGUCAUUGCCUGAAUGGUUCAAUUUACCACCAACACAAAUGAUAAACAUGGGUGUGAUACCCGUUGUGCAUUUUGAGUGCAAACUGAGGCAGCCUUGGUGUGUCACAUUUAUGUAGUUUUUGCAAGAAACUGAACUGUGGGCUUAUGCCUCAUGCCCAGUGCGCCAGGAAAGCCUCUAGUUAAUGGUCACUUUUGUAUUGGAUGCCAGCACAAUCACUGGUUUAUGAUUAUUUUAUCUUUGCUUAUUUAACCAAACAGCUGUUCUGAUCUGUUCUGACCCAGAUCUAUACUCUAAAGUUUGCCAAUAACUUUUUUUCUUUUAAAGCUGACUGGUUAAAUUACUUGGUAACCUUAAUGCUGCAAAAUGAGAGCCCUAUCAGCAGACAAAAUGCCCACUGAUUAUCCGAUUGCCUUAGUAGGCAUCAUGCACGUGACCUCGAUCGAUCAACAAAAGAAUGUUCAAUCCAUUACACAAUUACUUUCCACUUAGUUUUUUCCCCUUUGGCAAAGUGCUAAGACCGAAACAAGCCUGGCUGAAAUUAUACCUUGAAUUAUUAUGUCAUUAUUUUGCUGUAUUAAAAUAAUGACAAAUGUACAUGUGCACAAACAGAGUAGCAAUCUCAUGUGCAUACAACCAUGGAUUCAAAAGGACCUAUGCACAGAUAGUCACUGCAGUCCCCCAGAACUAGUUAACCAUGCUUUAGAGUAUCUAUGGGAUGUAUUCUCUUUCUCUUGUUCAGCAUUUCCCUAUUUUUAUUUGAACAAGGCCUCUCUCUCUGGAUCAUAGCCAGUGGAACUGCAAGUUGCUGUACAUUCAGAUAGCGCUAUGGCUGAAGGUUGUUAAAUGCCUUAUCACCAACUCAAACUGCUAUCGGUUUCAAUAUAUUUGUGGCUCUAUUCUCGUUAUAGUUGCAUUUCCAGAUCACCUUCCUUAUUAUCCUGCCCCCAUCUGGUCACGAUGGGAAGUGUUUCCCGCAUCCUCACUGAACAGACUGCAAUCCAAACUCAGGGAACACUGAACACAAGAAAAUUGUGACAACAAAGCAUUUAUCUACCUGUAAAUACAAUAAUAUAUGUCAAUUAUGAAAUGUAAUGUUCUAAUUAUUUAUAAUGGUUCUGUCUUUUCCACAGGGCAAAGGUAACUAAAAUGCUUCUGCCUAGGUGGUGCUUUAAAUGCUUUGCUAAAAGUGAGCUUUCUCAGGUGGUAGGAGAGAGUUGGACAGAUACUGUGCAAUGAGGAUAGCUCAGGCAAUAAGCUCAUUAACUGUUGGCUAUCCCUGGGCAUAAGCCCAAACAUGAAGGGAGGACUGUGCCAAGAAACUGAGCUUGCUAAUUCCCCCCAAUGUCAGAUCAUGGGCCCUUAUGACCUGAAGUGCUUUGCAACUCUUGCUCCUUCAGAUCUUUAGAGGUUAUCGCAAUAAAAGCUUGUGGUGGUAUUCCACAAACUAAAGAAUGGCACCCCCAGAAUUAGGAGCUGGUUAUCUGUGUCUCUCUUGAAACCAAACGGAUGUUCAAUUACUUUCCAAGUACAAGCCUUUUGGGGAUGAAGCCAACUAGGGAUACAUUUUUUCUGACCUUGCACAUAGACAUUGUUCAGUACAUAAUUCCCUUGCCACUAGUUAGUUUUUGUUUUGUUUCAGCAUUAGCUGUGAAUGGGUUAAGAUGGACUGUGAGGUUUAGCAAUAAGCACGGUGUAGCGGGAGCCAAGGCAACUUUAGCCCAAAGUGAACAAUAUCCUGUGAAUGCUCUGUCAUUUGCUUCUCUGCACCUCCUCCUAUUUAUUUUUCCCUCACUUUCUUUUCCCCUUCAUUGUGCACUCAGUGCAGUUACCUGUCCUUGUCCCCUGCGUUUCCUUUUUCUUUUUGUGUUUUUUUUUGUGUUAAUGAGCGGUCAAAACCUGGCACCUGAUUAAAGCCAGGAACCGCUGCCGCCACUGACCAUUUUCCUUUUCUAAUGGUUUGUAUUUCUGUUUGUACUUCUUUUUCACAUAUAAAGAUAAAAACCACACACUUUUCCUCAGUAUUCCUUGCCACAGAUGUAUCCUGUAUUUGUUAUUUUAUUUUUACUGGUUUUAAUUUGUACUUUUUUUUUUUUUUUUUGUGCAGCCUCUUAAUGUUUGUUAAUAUUAAUAAGAAAAAUGAACCCUAUUUAUGUAUUGCGGACACCAUUUUAUAUGAAUUGUGUUGAAAAUUUCAGUGCUUUUUUUAUGAAUAAAUUGUGAAUCACAAUAACUCCGAAA